AUUUAAAACCCCUCGCCACUCAAUUCCUCAACCGCUUCUACUGUAAAACCCCUAAACCGAAUCGGGGUGCCGCUAUGGUGCGCAUCGUGCCAACACUCCGCCGCCUUGUAUGAAGAUGCUCUUCUCAGUCUUCUUGGCGCUGUUCCUCCCGUUUGCUGGCAUGACGGUCGUGAUCGUCAUCUACCUCUGCCUCUUUUGGUACUCUGCCACCAACAGCCACCUGCCUGCUAUGCCAGUCCACAUGGAGAAGAAGGCCGGCGUGAAAGGGCUGUCGGCUGAGCAGCUGAGCAGCCUGCCAAAGGUGGCAGGGAGGGACCUGGCGCCAGGGCGGGCUGAGUGUGCGGUGUGCCUCGAUGACAUCGAGGCGGAGCAGCCAGCCCGUUUGGUUCCCGGUUGCAACCACAGUUUCCAUGUGGAGUGUGCAGACACUUGGCUGUCCAAGCAUCCGGUGUGCCCCGUCUGUCGGGCCGUGCUCCGCCCCGAAUUCUUUGUAUGCGUGGACCAGAGUCCAUCCUAAUUGAGUCGAAUUCUGAUACCGAUGAAUCAAAGGCUCUUAGGAUCUUCUAUGUAUAGACGGUAUUAGGUGCUUCUAGGUUGGUAGUUUUGGGCCUUGCGAAGGUUUUGGGACAUUAGUUUGGCUGUAACAGAGAUGUAUUUCGGAUGGCUUAGACAUUUUGAUUGAUCAAAAUCGUUGAUGCUCAGCAGAAGAUAUGAUCUUGAGAGUUCA